UUCUUCAAAUCUCAGUCAAAACCCCCUCAAAACCCCAUCGCCUGAGACUAAAAUACACAGAAGAAAAGGAAAAAGGAGAAAAAGAAAUUAACUACCAUGAUUGAAAAUCGAUUGAUUCUACUUCUGAGGAAAUCCAAAACCCUAACCCAGAAAUUUCCCUCAUCGAAUUCGCGGGAAUGGAAAACAUUUACCACUCCUUGUGGAGUCUCAACCGAAUCCCAAUCAAGAUUUUAUUCCUCAUUUCAGAGAUUGAUUCCUGCUUCCGAAAACCCAGUCUCCAGAAGCUUCAUUGGCUACGGUUUAAGAUCGGUGCUUCAAAAUAACUGUAAGAACUUUUACAAGCCAUCAUUGAGGAAUUGCUCCACCGUGGCAUCUGUAUCUCCGAAAAGCACAGAAGCACUGAAGCUUCUUGUCACAGCUGGACCCAAAGCUCAGAAAGCAGUCGGUAUUUGGCUUUUUGUUUCUGCCGCUUGGGUAUUUAGUAUGGUGGUACUUGGUGGUGUCACACGUCUAACUAGAUCAGGCCUUUCCAUGACUGACUGGAAAUUCACCGGCGGUCUUCCACCUCUAUCGGACGAUGAAUGGCUUAUCGAAUUCGAAAAAUACAAGCAAUCCCCCGAAUACCAAAGAGUAAAUAAAGGGAUGAAUCUUGAUGAUUUUAAGUUCAUAUAUUGGAUGGAAUAUGCGCAUCGUAUGUGGGGAAGGGCAUUGGGUAUAAUGUUUGCACUACCCUUCUCGUACUUCCUUCGUAAAAAAUAUAUUACAGUCCAAUUGGGACUUAAACUGUCCGGAUUAUUUGCACUCGGUGCUGGGCAAGGACUAAUUGGCUGGUGGAUGGUCAAGAGUGGUUUAGAGGAACCUGUAUCCGAGCACAUUGAACCGAGGGUAAGUCCUUACCGACUUGCAGCUCAUUUGACUUCGGCAUUUGUUAUCUACUCUGGUCUUUUUUGGACUGCGCUUUCUGUUGUAAUGCCUGAGCCACCUACUGAAUCAGUAGCAUGGGUAAAAGGUGCAGCAAAAGUGAAGCGUAUUGCGCUCCCUGUUAGUAUUCUUGUCGGGAUUACUGCUGUAUCUGGAGCAUUUGUUGCUGGAAAUGAUGCUGGGCGUGCCUUUAAUACUUUUCCGAAGAUGGGUGAUGUGUGGAUUCCGGAGGAUGUGUUUGCCCUAAAGCCUCUAAUGCGCAAUUUCUUCGAAAAUACAGCAACUGUGCAGCUUGACCAUCGAAUACUUGCUACUGCAACCUUAUUUUCUGUCGGUGGAUUAUGGUGGUUAACGAGAAAAAUUGAUAUACAUCCUGCAAUACGAUCUUUAAUAGGAAGCACUGUGGGCAUGGCUGCUCUUCAGGUUACAUUGGGAAUAUCGACUCUUCUUUCGUACGUUCCGGUAUCAUUAGGCUCUGCUCAUCAGGCUGGAGCUCUGACUCUUUUAACCCUAAUGAUUCUUCUCAACCACACUUUGAGACGACCUUCGUUGCAACUUCUGAAAACACUUCCUGCCGUGGCGAAGACCGCCUGAUAAUAUGAUAUUACUCUCUAAUUUAUUCAUGACUAUUUUUUUGCUGUAAUUUUAUCGUUAAAUAAUUGGAAAGAAUUAAAAUUAGUAUUUUUAGAGCAACCUGGAAUUUGUAAUUUCUACGCUACAUUUUUUUCCCCAGUGUUGGCAUUGGAGAAUGUCUCUGGAUCAGAUUGACAUUGA